ACUAUUAUGCAGAAGGUGAGACAUGCCGAGUGGUUCUGCCCGCGCACUCUAAUGGACCACUGCGUCAACCUGGGCCUUGUCGUCGACCUCACAAACACUAGCCGCUACUACGACCCCCAAGUGUUCAUCAGCCAGGGGAUCGAGUAUGCUAAGUUGUUCACAGAGGGCAAGAUCAUCCCACGUAACAACAACGUCUACAAAUUCUUCAAUGUAGUGAACAACUUCCUUAAGCAGAACAAGGAUAAUGAGAAGCUUAUUGGCGUGCACUGUACCCACGGCCUCAACCGCACCGGCUACAUGAUAUGUAGGUACAUGAUACAGCAGUUACGUAUACCUUCAGAUCAAGCUAUUGCAGACUACAACAGUGCACGUGGCCAUGCACAGGAGCGAGAGAACUACUUGGCAGACCUCAGGAAAGCGGAGUGGAUUAACGAGGCGAUUCCAGUGGUUUCUGUUGAUGUUCAAAAAGGUUCAGCUAUUACCACUAUAAACCCUUUCACCUCCAACUCGCCCGAUGGGACCUCUACAAGCAUAAGAAGACCUUCCCUUGACAAAUAUCUCAAGCAGGAGAAUGUGAAGAAGCAGCAGUCUAUGGAGGAAAUGAGUGAAAAAGAAGGAAGUAGUCAAUGGAAAGUGGUUAGAAAAAAGGAGAGAAAAGUUAAAAGGAAGACAAGUAAAUUAACCAAAGUAGGAGAUGUGGAAAGUGCGAAUCUCUUUGCAGUUCUGCAGGACGAAUGUAGCUCUACAAAGUUCUGACUAGGACCAGGGUCAAGAAAAUAUAUUGCAAGUCUGAGUGAACACCGAAUCGGGACCCACGUAGGCUGGCUACCAGGACGAGAGCAGCGAGAAUGUCUGCGUGGACCUCCACAAUGAAAGCAAGUUGGAAGGUUGGUUUCAAAUAUGCAUACUGAAAUUCUUACGAAAGUGGGAGGCCUACUCGAAACAAAAUAUUCCCAGUGAAAAAUUAAAGUUCAAAAGGUAAAUAUUCCAAAAAAAUUUCAUGCCCUCCCAUCAUAUUUAAGGAGAAUUACCAAUAGAUCCCUAAUUGCCUUCAAGAGGGACGGGCCUCGAUAAGUUCCUGAUCAGCCGGGCUGUCGUACUUAUAUCAGACUGUAAUAAAGUUGGUAGAAUUACCGACAAUAUGUAAAGUAAAAGGACACAAGUGUAACUAAUGUGACAUUUUAUUGUGGCAACGUUUCGCUCUCAAGGAGCUUUAUCAAGCCAUUAUGGCUUGAUAAAGCUCCUGGAGAGCAAAACGUUGCCACAAUAAAAUGUCACAUUAGUUGCACUUGUGUCCUUUUACUUUACAUAUAUCAGACUGAGUGCAGCGAGCACCGACAGCCUGACUUAUCAGAUUGUAAACUGGGAGGUUUGACUUGGCACAAAACUGCGCUGACUCUGAUCCUCGUAACCGACGAAAUGCCCUGCGUGCAAAAAUAUUUCAUUACACGUAAACUACAUUUUGUAUACUGCAGAAAAUAAAGUUUGUUCGUCUGUUUGUGAUGAUACGAACCAAAGGUAAACUACAUAUAUUAAUCUAACUUAUAAUUUAAGUUGUAGCUAUCGACAGGAGCUAAGGCUGUUAUAAUUGUGGGAUAGCACUAAGUCCGCAGGUGAUUAGGUUCGAUCCAAGAUAGGUUCGAUUCCUUGGAUAAAGAGCCUUACACCACCCUGUGCUCACCAAAGAACCAAUCUUAUCCGGGAACUGUGGUUGAUUUAUUAUUGAGAAUUAUGGAGAAAGUGCUAAGUUGGUAAGUCUACAGCACACGGGAAAUGGGAAGGGUGGAACAGGGGUAAUCAGGUAUGAUCCAAGGAAGAAGAAGGAAGUGCCAAUUUCUUGGAUCAAGAGUUCAUCCCCGACAUAAAGCCACCCCCUCCAGCCCUGUGAAGCCUAGUCUAUCAAGGUGGCUCAGUCGUGUGUCACUAAGUGCUACAAGUGUUAAUUAAGGGAUGCACCUCUACCAGCUUUAGAUUUGUAGGUACGAUACAUAUGCACUGGUCAAGACAUUUACUCAGAAAACUUUUACACCAGUGGACUGAAGAAGCUACUUGUGGCGAAACGUCUCCUUAAUAAUUAUUUUGAGCAUUGCAUGUUUGUUUUUAGCUACAACUUGUGGGUAUCAACAUAACAAGAUACCCCCGGUUUAAAAAUAUUUAUAAUUUUUAUUUAUAAUAUACAAUAUAUGGCCUAUCGCAUCAAGGUGCAAAAUGUUAAUUUCCUUUUUUAACUGAAAAUUCCACUCAAAUUGUUAUAUAUGUAAAUCCAACAUUGGUUGCAAAAUUCUAGAUGGUUAUUUGUAAAUUAUAAUUUAAUUAUA